CUUUUUCCAGCCACAUGGUAGAAAUUGUCCGUCUUCGCUAGUCUUCCUUUCCGUUCUGAAAAUAGCCGUACUGUGGACAGCGUAGAAUAAGUUGACAGUAUUUUGUUCUUGGACCAAACAAUACUCUUUGUGGACAACAUUAGGCUGGAUGUUUGUGGGCCGUUUAUGAGAACUCGUAUUCGUUCUCUGGUUGCAUGUCCUCCUUCUCUUUAAAUCCCCUCUUAUUGUUUGUGGACAAGUCAAUUUGAAGAAAACAUUUUGCUUUGGUGUACACAAUAGAACAUUCCAAGCUUGAUUACAUCGUCUGCAUCUUCACACUAAGAAAGCUUUUCAUUUAUUAGGCAAUAUUGUAGGAGGUGGUUUGUUUUGUCAAACAGAGGCAGUUUGCUGAUUCAGCAAACACAUAUUGAUGUAAAAAAAAACUUGUGAAAGUAACAUUUUUAUGUCACAAGUAUGACGUAUUGUGUACAUGUGUUCAAGAACCGUCUUAAAAUGAUAAUGUAGUAUUUUGGAUCAUCCCGAAGCACCUCGUGUCCAGCAGCCCUCUUUAAACAUGUCUGUCAGCAGGAAAGAGCAGCGUGGAUUUUGGGCGUCGGGUUGCUUCCUCAUAGCGGGAUGCAAAUGUGAGGAUGAACGGGAAUAACAAAGAUUCAUGGCUGAUUAGUCUGUUGCUUCUAGUCAAACAUCCACAGUACCGGAUUAUUGCGCGGCUAUAUUUAUCAGCUGUAAUUGGUUUAGCUUUCUAAUUCUGAGGCUCUCCUGUGGAGCAGUCAGUGACUCACUGCGUCCCUCCAUCUGUUAGGACAAGAACCCCACCUUUACUGACACACAGCCCCAUGUAGCUGGACGGGAGGCUGUGUAAACAUUUCGACAUUUGUACGGGGGCAUGUUUGCUCAUGAGCAGUUGGACUUUGUUUUAUAAAAAGUCAGAUUCUUACUUGAAUUUAAAGGUUAUUUAAAUAGUAUGUAAAUGUCAGCAAACUCAAUGACAAAGCAGGUCUUCUCGUGUGGUGAGAUAUGGAUGUCUGCCUCGUCCCCUAUUCAGUGGCUGCGUGUGCGUGUGGUGUCUACGUGGACCAGCGUGUACACGAUGCUCUCUGGUCACAUGACGCCACGUGGAGCCACUGGCGUGAGCUGUACGGGUCUUCAGUGAGGUGGGAGUCUGCCUGCGUGGCCGGGUCUCCGCUUCCUGGUUUGCAUACAAUGACUUUCUCAGCUGGCUCGUCGGGCAUUAAGACGUGCAUCACCUCGGGGGGUGUAACUAGGGUCAGCCUGUCAGCCUGUCAGCCUGGCCACCUGUAGAAAAGGUUCACUAUGAAAGCGUCCUCCACAUGUGCGACCAACAGCUGGAGAACGUUUGCUUAACAAAUGGCCUAAACAUUUGACUAAUUGUUUACUUCAAAACUGGUUAGUUAGGAUAUGUGACCGUUUGUGUACCAGGGGUCCAACCUCCUGCCCCAAGUCAGCAUUUUCAUCCAAGUCGCAGGAGGAUGGCCGAAGGGUGAUGUCCAAGAAGUCACUUCCCCUCCAGCCAAAGUGACCCCACUUCCCCCUUUUUUUAUUCUCAUCUGCACUUUUGAAACCUCCCGUUGCCUGACUUUGUGGGUCCUAUCUCAGACAAUUUCCCUUUUCUAAAAGGGAUUUUAAUGGGAUGCAUACAUUCCGCAGCAGGAUCAUGUGAAUUUAUUUUAAAUUGGACAAUUCUCCUCAGCCUCUCAACCAAAACCUAGGAUGUAUCCACUUUGAAAAAAUCCAAUGUGAUCAGAUAUCACCUUCUGAGAUUGCCACCUCAGCCGGCAGGAGUUUGACUCUGGUUCUUUUCCACAACCUCAUCCGCCUUCUUGUGUCAUUGGGCCAUGGUUCGCAAGAAGGGUUCUCUUAUACUAUGCGGUGCUUUCCUCUUUGUAGCCUGGAAUGCUUUGCUCCUACUUUAUCUUUGGGGUCGUCCUCCUAUCGGCCGCCUCGGAGAAGGUGUUGGAGCAGAACCAGGAGGAAAGGACGAGUGGGCCUUGGGAAGAGGGAAAGGAGGCCGAGUCAACCUGGCCGCAGAGGUGAUCAGGCUGGCAGAGGAGGUUGAAAUUCAGCUAGAGACCCAGAAAGAGCUACUGAAGCAGAUUGAAAGUCACAGGGCAGUGUGGGCUCGGCAGAGAGACGUCGGGAAAAGAGAAACUGAGGAUACAAAAGAAGUCAAACAAGAUGUUGUCCACCAGCCAUCAACGCCUCCACUCCCACUCAAAGUGGGCGUGGAUGAUGUGGACCAAGCUCAAGUAAAAAACACACCAAAGCCUGUUCCUACGGUAGACCUGCAUCAGGCCAUUGGCAUAAAGGAAGACAUUGCUGAGAGCAAUAUAUUGGCGACUUCUGUCGGCAACCCCGAAGUUGUCGUUCCCGUUUUAGUCAUUGCUUGUGACAGAGUGACGGUAAAACGGAGCCUCGACAGACUAAUACAGUACCGGCCUUCCGCAGCACUAUAUCCAAUCAUCGUCAGCCAAGACUGCGGCCACGCCGAGACCGCUCGAGUGAUUGGCUCAUAUGGGGAUCAAGUGACGCACAUUAGACAACCAGACCUGUCUGACAUCAGAGUUCGACCGGAGCACAGGAAGUUCCAGGGCUACUACAAAAUUGCCCGUCAUUACCACUGGGCGCUCAACCAGGUGUUCAACACCUUCUCCCACUCCACUGUGGUCAUAGUGGAGGAUGAUCUGGAGGUGGCGCCGGACUUCUUUGAGUAUUUCCGAGCCCUGUACCCGAUCUUGCGAGCUGACCCCACCCUGUGGUGUGUUUCUGCGUGGAACGAUAACGGCAGAGACGCCCUGGUGGAUCCAUCCAAAGCUGAGCUCCUCUACAGAACAGACUUCUUCCCCGGGCUGGGCUGGAUGCUGCUGAAGGAGAUGUGGAAUGAACUCGAGCCCAAAUGGCCCUCGGCCUUCUGGGACGACUGGAUGCGCCAACCAGAACAACGCAAGGACCGCUCCUGCAUCCGACCCGAAAUCUCCCGGACGAUCACCUUCGGUCGGAAAGGCGUCAGUUUAGGUCAAUUCUUUGACCAGUACCUUCGCUAUAUUAAGCUCAACACUGAAUUUGUGCCUUUUACCAAACAAGAUUUGUCUUAUUUGUUGAAAGAGAAGUAUGAUGAAAACUUUAAAAAAGAGAUUUACGGCACCCAUCUGGUGAGGAUUGAGGAUCUGCAACAAGGGGGCAGUUUAAGAGGCGCUGCCCCGUACAGGGUGCAGUACUCCACCCGGGACAGUUUCAAAGUCUUUGCUCGAAAUCUAGGGGUGAUGGAUGACUUGAAAUCUGGAGUUCCUCGUACAGGUUACAGAGGCGUAGUGAAUUUCCUGUACCGGGGUCAAAGGGUGUUCUUGGCUCCACCAGAGGGCUGGACGAAGUAUGACGUCAGCUGGAGCUGAGGGGACGUUGCAGACUCUAAUGUGAAUGGUGUUAAAGAAGGGAGAGACACACCUCUCAGACCAAAGAAGAUCAGCAGACACACAAAGGACCUAAAGCAGCGCCGAUGGGCCGGGAUGGACACCAAGUGUUGAGCCAGACUUAGUUGUUACGAAAUGCUUAUUCAGGAGUUAAAGGUUUAAGCGCAAGGCGAUUCCAACAGAAAUACAGCUACUGGCAAUGGGCCUUGUUUUGUGGGGCCAUUCGUUCCUGUGACUUACUGGCCAAAUGCAGUGUUAACGUCACACGCACCAGUCGAUUGGGUUAGCUAGUAGGAAACAGCUGAUGUGUUUGUCAUGUUAAAAUACAACUGAGGCCAAACGCAUCUCGAGAACUGGUUCAUCUUUUUACUGUCAGCAAUUCAAUUCAUGUUGAAAUUAAUUCAGCUCUUCAGAUGUUACUUUUCAAUUCUAUAGCUAAUCACAGGCAGUUUGAGCAAAAUGAGAAGCUUGUCUUAACAAUUCAUAGGGAAUACAAAAGCCUACCUAGUUUUGAACAUAGUCACCGUAUGAACUCAGCUGGUGGUUAACAUUAAACACAUUAUUUCAGUUUGGGCUGAAACGGAAGAGCAAACGCCGCUAGAACAAGCGUCCAGAAAGCAGGACGUGCACAUGAAGCGAGGCAUAUUCUUCCCAGAUUACAGUUCCAACAAACUUCAGGAGACCUUCUAGAAUCCCUGUCCACCAAUGAGCAGGGAGGACAUGACAUGCUGCGCAUUGCCUGUCAAAGCUUCCAGAAGAUGACCUUCAAUCCGCUGACUUGGCUUUCCGUUAUCGUCUAAACACUAACUGUGAGCACAUACGCCGCCUUCAUCAGUUCAAACAUCACUAGGUUUUCAAGCUUAGGAAAUAAUGAGGGAGGUGCCAGAAAGUAAAAACACCAAAAACCUAUGAGGCUUUCAGGGCGUAGCAGAUGUUUCUAGGUGCUGCUGAGCAGCGGGAGGACGUCCGUGAUCUCAGUGGGGAGGCCGACACAUGCUGCACUCGUUGGGUGGACCUGACACUGGUGUGCGCUUUGUUAGAAGCAUACUGAGGCCUUUACAGUGGACGUUCCCUCUAACAUUUCUGAGCUUAAACUCAUCAGUGUGACGGUCGAAGAUAAUUUGCUUCUAUCCGAGGGUUUCUAGAAGGAAAUGGUAAAUAUCAAGGGUUGAACUUUAAUGGUAAUGCUAUUUUGAAAUCAUUUAUUGUCUUGAACUUAAAGUUCAACAAGUUUAUCGUCUAAAGUGCUGACUGCUUGUGAUCCUCCCGAAGCCCUGAUACAAGUAACAUGUCAUGGUGUCAGCUUGGGUUUGUUGAAGAACCACUGAUUGUUCCACCAGUAAGAAAGCUGUGCAGUGGCUGGAGUGGUUAUCACUGUACUGUAUUUAGCUGUAGGAGAUUAUCCACGGUUCGUUUGAUUCUCAUUUCUAUGGUGAUGUGUAAACCCACUGUCUGGUGUUUAUAACUUCAAUACUAUAAAUAAAAUCAACUAUUUUAAUUGUCCGUGUGCGCAUGCACGUCAUGAGAA